GCAAAAGCUUCGCUGAUUUACAAGGGCAUCUGCAAUUUCAUCCAGAACUACUCGCCGGUCUACGAGGAUGACCUUGACAGGAACUACUACUUGAUCCUGGAGGUGUUGAUUGCCCUUCGGCAGUUUUUCGAACGUGGAGAUGGGUUGCCUACUGUCAAAGAUCUCCAGGACUGGGGAAAUGACCAAGCGCAGAAGCUUCGCUCGAUGCUUGGGCACCUGCAUGCUUUGGCCCGGAAAGCUGAUGCAGCGAGGAACCCGAAAGUUCAUGUGCUGAAGACCCUCUACUUGAAGAUGGUUGGCAAGAAAGAGGACGCCUUGACACAACUGGUAGUUGACUUGGAUGAAGAACCCAUAUGGGUUGAGGAUAAGACUGCUGACAAUGGUCCGAUCGCCAUUAAGGAUCCGCCUGCAGAGGAAGCUGAGCCAUCCAGUGAGCUGUGCACCGACAUCGCCAAGACUUUCCCAGACAGCCAGCCUCGUUCCAAAGAGGUUGCAUGGGGCUUGACGCCUCCUCGUGGUGGAUCCGUUGACAACCUUGAGACCCUUCCUUGGAAUCCUGAGUCCCAUGAGCCUGGGGCUGAGCGAGAUAUGGAGACAGGUCAUGACAAGGAUGGGGAUGAAGUUGCUGAUCUUGCAGCUCAACAAGCUGCACUGCGCAAGGAGAAACGUGAGGUUGAGAAACCGACCAAGACUAAGAAGGAUAAGAAGGCACCUGCAGAUGGGAAUGGGAAAGAAGAUGAAAAGGAGAAGAGACGGGCCAAGGCCAAAGAGGGUUGGCUGAAGUUGCAGGAGGUAGAGGUGCCUGGGUUGGUGAUGCCUAAGGAGCUGAAUGGCCGCAUCAGCUUCACCAUGAAGAGCCCAGAUGGUCAGGGUUCCUCCGUGGGUGUCAUUCUCAACGCUGUGGACAACAAGCAAGGUGUGACUGUGCCGUGGCAGGGCCGGCCGGAAGUUGCAUGGGGACAUGCGACGUGUAUCGCUGGCUGGGGGUACUUCAAGUUCCAGCAGAUCGCAUCCUUAUGUGGAAACCGUGGUUUCGAGAGUGGAGGCUUCAUAUCGCAGAUUUCGUUGGAGAAGCUCUUGAAAGAGAUCAAACCAGAGACCCUUGGCUUUCUGGUCAGGCAAGGUGUUGACUAUGAGACUGAUGGAUGCUGUCAUGACCUACUUGGCAACAUCGGCUUCAUGUUUGCUGUUCGACAGAUACUGAGGAUCAAAGAAGGGGGACUGGGCUACUGGGCAGAUGGAGCCCCGCCCCUGGAUUUGCUUGGCAUAGUCAAUGGUGGCUUCAAGGAGUUACCUGAUCUUUGUGAUUGGAACCAUGGUGACUUUAGCAGCCUGUUGCAGCUGGUGUCGUUUGCUUCCCGGAAUGGUGGGUAUCAAUCAGACCCAGAUGUGCCUCUCCAAAUCGCCCCUUCAGCAGCAGCUUUUGAGAAACUGCGGGCCAAUUUGGAGGUGAUUCUGCCCUCCAACAUAUGUCCUCUUUGGCCUCAAGGGGACCUGGUUCUGGGCCUACUGCGGCCAAGAGCCGUGCUGGGCCAGGUGAAGGGACCUAGUGCUGCCUCUGGGCUUGCGGGUGGUGGUGGUGUGAAAGUUGAAGCCCCUCCAGCUGUACAUGGUGGUGAUGAGAAACCUGCUGAUGCUUCGGUGAAUGGUAGCCCUUCUCCAAGUGAUCCUACUGUUGAUGGUCAGAAGCCCUUGCGCCACUUGGAGACCCAAACAACUAUCCCCUUGGGACAUGUGGAUGACAUGGAGGUUGAUGCAGCCAUGGAUGAGCAGUACAACAAACCGUUGUGGAGAUGCUUGUUCGAGUCGCUACCGGGUCGUGAGGUAGCACUUGAUAAGCUAGUGAAACCCACAUGUAUCUGGUUGGAUAUUCGGCAAGAAAAUGGUGAUGUUUCGAAGGUGGACCCUACCAUGCAAGAGCUGUGCUUCAAAGCUGUGACUAUCAAGGAACUGAUUCACCAGAAGGAAACCGCAGUGAAAACAAAAGAACGUGAACACAAUCUUGCACUGGCAAAAAUCAAUAGUGCUGUUGAUGCCAUGACCGCCCAGCAGCGUCAAAAGGUGGAAGCCAUGGGUUCUACCAAUGUGGAGGAGUCACCUCUUUUCCAGGUCAACAAGAAGAACAUCAUGGUCUGGAAAGGCAACAAGGUGCAGGUGCUUGAGAAGGCGUUCCAAUGUGUAAUGGAUGAAUUUCAUCGUGCUGAAGAUUUGCUUCACAAACAUGUCGAAAAAAUGAUUGAGAAUGCCUACAGCUCUUGGGCUGAACAUAUGCAUAUGGAGCCUGAUGUUGGUAUUGACCCCGAUCUAUUUGGUGAGUUGGAAGCCAUCAUGGAGACCUCACCCAAGGUUUCGAUGCCAGUGCCAGCAGCUGAAGCGGACCUUGGCCAACACUUGGACGAUCACCGGCAGGUGUGUGAUGUGACCCAGGCAACAGCUUCUGUGGAGCCUGGGGAGGUGACUGGUGACAGGGUUGAGAGUCAGGAGGACUAUGACCGACGGAUGGCAGUCAAUGCCAAAAUGAGUUCUCGCUGCCCGACGGCUGUGUUGGAGAAAGCAAAGGGUCGACGCCACAACCGACAGCUCAUCGGUGAGUUGUUUGAAGCUUGGUUAUCGGCUGGAGAAGACUGGCUGCAAAGCUCCAUAGUUUGCAACGCUUCGCGUUCAAUGGCCCAGCGCCGACGUGGCAAAUACACCAUGAUGACCUACCGCACCUUGAAAGAGCGUUUUGGGAACUCGUUGGCAAAACAGAUCCUUCACGAAAAGAAAAAACAAGAGGAAGACAAGGUUGCUGGUGAUCCUUUGGUGUAUUGGAUGAAGCACCCUGAUGUUGACCAUGAGGACGAGGUGAGCGAAGACUUGACUAUUGGUAUCACUGCUUCUGGUGGUUUGGACCAAUCCCAGACUCGCCAAGCCAUGCGCUUUGCCUGCAGUAUACCCAUUAUGCAGAUUGCUGUUGGUGGAGAUCUUGAGCGAUUUCAGGCUGCUGGUUUGGGAUUGCAGCCGGGUGCUGGUGGGACACCAGCCGGUGCACCGGCCCCACGAGCUGAGAAGGUGAAGAAGGUGGUCCCUCUUGCAAAACAGGUGACCAACAAGAUCUCAUCGUCGGCCACCCUUCUUACUGGCUUCAAGACUGAGUUGGAUGCCCGUAAGACAGCCAUUUGUGCUGCCAAGACGUCGUUGGAAAGUUGCUAUGCCCAAACCCUGGGAAAAACAGAUGAAACAAUCCAUGCGGACCAAAAGCUGUUGGAGACCAUCAAUACCAACCUGGCCAAUUGUGAGUCAGCCUUCACUUCCUUCAAUGGAACCAUUAAGAGUAUCAAGUUGGCCAUUGACCCUCCGGCAAAGAAGGAACCGAGACCUAAGGCGAAGGCAAAGGCUGAUUCAUACCGAAAGGCACAUGAGAUCGUCAACCAUGUGCGCAAGGAAAUGAGCUGUGGCUAUGAGACCCUUUGUGCCUACUUGAAGCCGGCACGUGUCUGUGUAGCUUGGAUGGCAUCCUUUCUGGAUGAUCUAUGUCGGGAUGAGCAAUAUCAGAACCUGGUGGUGAUGAAAGAUUGCAUGUGCUCCAUGGCAGCUUUUCACUUGACCUUGGAAGAGAAUGGCCGGUACUUGACUCUGGAAGCGGCCAGCCUUUUGCAGCAGCAAUGUGAUGUGCAAAAAAUCUUGGCCAGGGAUUGGCCGAAAUGUGGCCAGUUGGAGCCACUG